GGGUUACUUUUUGUUUCGCUGGCUUCCCCGUGUCUGUCAUGUUUUGGGCAGACAGGGAUCUGCAGCAGACAGAUGGAUGAUAGCUUUGAUCUGUGAGCACACAGUCGUCAUCGCGCUCAACCUGCUCUUCCUCAGCCAUUCUUCUGUCAUUGCUCAUCUUGAUUCCUGUCACCAACUCACAAAUGCACAGUCAGACGAAUCCGUGAGGCACCGAGUUAUAAAAAAGUGUUGGUGGUGAAAUGUCAAAUUUCUCUGCUUUGAACAGAUUUGACUGUCAGUAAACCAAGUGAGAGCUUGUUUAUUUAUUUAUUUAUUUUUUGGAGAAAACUCUGAUUUUUCUUGUGUUUGUGAAGAGAAAAUGUAAAAAAUCUCACUUUUUGUUUUCAUUUUUUGCUUUUUUUCUCUUUUUGUUCACAGGGCUUUGGUGUUUAUUGUUCAUGGGGCUGGUGAGCACUGUGGGCCAUAUGACGAGAUUGCACAGAGACUGAAGGAACUGUCCCUGCUGGUAUUUGCACAUGAUCACGUUGGUCAUGGUCAGAGUGAAGGAGAACGGAUGAACAUCAAAGACUUUCAGAUUUACAUCAGAGACUCCUGGCAGCACAUCGACCUCAUGAAGUCCCGCCACCCCGAUCUUCCCGUCUUUAUCGUUGGCCACUCCAUGGGCGGAGCUAUCUCGAUCCUGACAGCAUGUGAGAGGCCGAGUGAAAUAAGUGGAGUGGUUCUGAUAGGUCCAAUGGUCCAGAUGAACCCAGAGUCGGCCACACCGUUCAAGGUUUUCGUGGCAAAGCUCCUGAACCACAUGAUGCCGAGCUUGACUCUGGGCUCCAUCGAGUCCAAAUGGGUCUCACGGGACAAAACACAG